AUGGAGGAAACGUCGGGUGAUUUGUUUAGUCAGAUACCGAUGGAGAUAAUUAUAAAAAUAUUCAUGUACUUGCACCCGUCUGACGUCGAAGCGGCGUCUCUUGUCUGCGAACGCUUCUACGACGCUUCCCGCUAUUUUCGCUUCAUGGAUCAACGAGUACUUAGCCUGCAUAAAAUCAACUUUUCCGACUACGAAGGACCCGUAGCGCGCCUUUCAGAGUCCUCAAGAUAUUUUUCCAACAUCGUUUUGUAUGUCGUGCGUUUCAGCGAUUACAACCAUUUUUGGUGCACUUUUGGUCGUUUCGUCAAAUCGCUCACCCUGAAAAUGUGCAUCGUGAAAAAAGAUAAAUUUCUGUCGAUUUUGAGUUUUUUACCGAAUCUCGAGACACUCACGAUCUACGAUUGCAACGAAUUGGUGAAUCGCUGGACUGAUGAUGGAUUCGAAGAUAUGGUGAAACCUUCGUUGUUGAAGCUAAAACGGAUAAAUUUACAAAAAAUUACCUUAUUGAAGCCACAUGUGUUCGAUUAUCUCUUCAGCAUGGCUCCAAAUUUGGAAACUCUUGAAAUUUCCGAGUGUUUCACGGAUUGCAUUGAUGCCGUUGCGCGUGUCAAAAUCGUGGAUCAUGCAAUUUUGUCACUUGCGAAGAAAGCUAAGAAGGGAUUUAAAAAUUUAAAUUUACUUGGAACCCACAUUGAUGACAUCGCGUUGUUAAAAUUAGCGGAAGUACCGAAUUUAAGGCUGGAACAGCUCAGUUUGACGUUCACGGGAAGGAUUUCGAACCCGGGAAUGCUGGAUUUGUUGAAAGUUCAAACGAAUUUGACGAGUUUGGAUCUGAGUGACUCGAUGAAUUUGCUGGAUUAUUGUUUGAUGUUGAUUUGUAGCAAAAUGCCUCACUUGAAAGAGCUGAAAUUGAAGAGAUGUGUGAUGAUAACUGACAUUGGCAUACGAGAAAUUGCCCAUUUGAAGGAGUUGUUGGUGUUGGAUAUCACGGGAUGUGAAAGAAUUUCAGACAAAGGCUUUUUGGAAGGUGUCAAAGGACAAAAAUGGUCACAAUGGAAGGAAUAUUUGGAAGAAUUGUACAUUGGAUCGACAAAUGGCUUCACGGAAUAUACUUUAUCGAUGGUGACGAGCAUGUUUUUGUACAUAACUAAGUUAGAUGUUAGUAGCUCCGGAAAUUGCAUCACGGAUUACACAAUGCAGUUAAUUAACAAAAAUUUGGUCAAAUUAAGAUUUCUUAAUGCUGAAUGUUGUGGAAAAAUCUCCGACGCCGGCAUCUGCGCCGAAGGCUUUGUCGACGAUCGUUGCAGCUUCUACUACCCCUAUCGCAUCUCACGCCUCAAAGGACUCCAAGUGCUUCGUCUCAGCGGAGUUUAUCAAAUCACAGACGUCUCUUUGCGUCAUUUUCGCUUACUUGAACUCAAAGAACUCACUUUAGCUCGAUGCCAAUUAAUUACGGAAGUUGGCAUUGAAUUUCUCGCAAAAUAUUGUCCGUCAUUGGAGUUCAUCGAUCUCACCGAAUGCCAAAACAUCAACGAUUACUGCAUUGAACUGAUGACGAGUUAUCUGCAACGCUUGCUGUGUCUCCGAGUAAUUUGUUGUAAUCAGCUGACAGAUUUGAGCAUCGAUUCUGUGGUCGCUAAUUGCACGAGAAUAAAAACAAUCUACAUACGGGGCUGCAAUCUCAUCACGUAUGGCGCACUACAAACGCUGUGCAAGGUGUCGUCAUUGAAGAAUAUUUAUACGAAUUACGAAGCGGUCGAUGAUGGUCUAUAA